CAUACGGAGGGGAGAAUGGAUUCAACCAGGCAAUCGAGCUAGCAGCAGAGGUCCUCGCAAACGUCAAGUUCAUCCAGGAGAAAAAACUCAUUGGACGCUACUUUGACGAGAUCUCGCAGGACACGGGCAAGUACUGCUUCGGCGUGGUCGACACGCUCAAAGCACUGGAGAUGGGUGCAGUGGAGACACUCAUAGUGUGGGAGAACCUGGACAUAAUGCGGUUUGUGCUCAAGAACCACGCGGCGGACCAGGAGGUGGUCCAGCAUCUCAACCCGGAGCAGGAGAAGGACAAGGCCAACUUUGUGGACAAGGAGACGGGUGUGGAGCUAGAGCUGGUGGAGAAGCUCCCGCUCCUCGAGUGGCUCGCCAACAACUACAAGUCUUUCGGGGCCACGUUGGAGAUAGUCACAGAUCGCUCGCAGGAAGGGUCGCAGUUCUGUAAGGGGUUCGGUGGCAUUGGAGGGAUCCUCCGCUACCGCGUGGACUUCCAAUCCAUGGAGUUUGAGCCCGACGAAGAGUUCUAUGAUGAUGAUUACUGAGAAUCAUGUUGUUUCUGUUCAUUUGUCACUGUUCGCACAACAACUACACGUGGCUUAUUAUAUCUCUAUUUAAUUGUGUAAGAUAAUUUUUUAUAUGCACAGAGCUAGCUGCACCAGCGUAGUGCGCAUGCGCAUAUAGUAGGCUCUUCGAUCAUGUGGUGCAUGCAUGUACGUGCAGUAGUCACAAUGCGAAGCGCAGCUGUAGCUGAUACUGCAGAACAGCAGAUGCAGCGGUUGGUUGUGCCAGUGUGUGUGCGCGCUCUGCGCUGCUGAAGAAGAAACAUUGCAACCCCCCCGUCUAUUCGCUGUGAAGAUAAGCGGUGCUCUUCUGGUAGGCUGGAGUAUGAGCGGUGGAGGAGUCCCCACUCCAGUCCCUGAGGCAUGGAGUCUCAAGAAACUCCGCUCCAUAUCCCGACCCUUCCUCUCACCUGCCCCCAACCCUACUCUGAUGGAGGUUAACGAGUGGGUGUGGCCUUCCCACUGCCACCAGCAUGCGGCUGUCCUCCGUCAUGGACAGCUACUUCGGUGGAUGGAUGUUGCUGCAUGCCUAUCUGCCGAGCGACAUGCACAGAUGCCCUGCGUGACUGUGUCCGUUGACAACAUCACAUUCCAGAGCUGUGUCAAGGUGGGACAUGUUGUCAUUCUGAAGGCAGUUGUUUACAGAUCUUUCAAGAGCAGUUUGGAGGUUGGUCUGGUGGUAGAGAGUGAGGAUCCUUUCUCUGGGUCUCGUCAACACAUCUGCAAGGCCUUCUUCGUGUUCGUGGCAAAACCAAGUGAUGGAGCCAAGGUUCAGUUGCCGACGCUUUCUCCAGUGACAGAAGAAGAGAAGAGAGAGUUUCUACUUGCAGCUGAAAGGAGAAGAAUGAGGACAACAUAUGCUAAGGAUAUAAUGCGCCUUGUGAAGAAUAUUCACCGGGAGAAAAAGAGAACAAGUUCUCUUCCAUCUGUACUGCCAUCCAGGUGUGUGUCUGCUGCUGACACUGCUGUUCACACUGUACAGAUUGUUCUUCCUGUGCAUGCCAACCAUCAUGGCACCACAUUCGGAGGGCAGAUCAUGGAGUGGAUGACUGAUGUUGCCACCCUCUCUGGCCUUCGGCUGAGUCGUUCACCUCUGAAACUGGAAGGCAUAGAGUCUAUCUAUUUCCGUGGUCCAUCUCAUGUGGGUGAGAGGGUGUCCCUGCGAUCAUCAGUUAAUCGGACUUUCUCAGGCAACAGGUUUGAGGUUGGUGUUCGUGUGGAGGGCUACACAGUGGGAGGAGAGACCAGACACAUUAAUAGUGCAUUCUUCACAUUCCAGCUGGAGGACCAAAGCAUCACAUUGCCUCAGUUACUGUUGGAAACACCGGUGGAAAAGGAGAGGGCAGCUAAUGCUACUGCCAGGCACUAUUUGUGGCUAGACAGAAUGGCUAUUCAGUUUGAGGAAAGACAAGUCUCCCUAUCAUCUGAGAAUGCAGUGAGCUGAAUUACUAUUGCCAAACUUUAAUCACAGUUUACACCUCCCGAAAGUACGUUUUUCAUGUUCCAUUGUCAAUUUCCAUUGGCUAGUCUAACCCCUAGCCGUACCCUCUUCUCAAAUUCCAUUGUCUGUGAUUUAUAUGAAGUAAUAACCCAAAUAUUUAGCCACGUAUUGUCCGAUAUAAGCUUCUCUAGUGUUUUCCCCCUCGUUUAACCCUC